AUGGAGGAGAUGAUGCGUCAGCUCCAAGAGACUAUGCAAGCCAAGCAGCGGGAUGCUGCCUGCCAGGCAGAGUUUGCCACACGUCAGGCUGAGGUUGUAGCCCAGCAAACAGAGUUGAUUGCCAGACUUCAACAACAACAACAACCGCAACAAGCCGGAGCAUCUGCUCCGCAUCCACUCCCACCCCCACCACCACCACCAAGAGUUCCAACACUCAGGGAUACUGCAAACGUCCAGAAAGAUACGAAUGCCCCAACAAGGCAAACCCCGCAACCAGUUCUACCGCAGAUUUCAAUGACACCGGCCUUCUCAACAGAUACACCAUUUGAAUCUAAGAUGGACCCGACCGCUCUGAAGGUCAGUAAGCUUGAAAAGCUAUUCAAGAGGGCUCAAGGUGUGAAUUCCAUUCUGGACAUAGAGGAUGGAUACACCGAUUCGGCGGUGACUUUGCCGGACCAGUUUUAG